AUGGAUCAUCAUCGGUGUACAAGGUUUGGUAAUUUAAGGGUAUUUUAUCCCGAUGAAUUAAACACAUCUUCAGAACGAGAGUUUCAUGGUAAUGGGAAUAUUAGGGAUUAUUGCCCUAAUGGAGCUUCAGGAAAUAAAGAAUGCAGUACUGAUCUCGAUAAAAUUAAGGCUGGAUUUUUAUUGUUAUUUAAUCAAAUUAUUAUUAAAAAGAUUAAAAGUUUAAAUAAAGAACAGAUCGAAAUGUUUACUAUACACAUUAUGAUAUGGUUAAGUUAUAUGUUAAACAUAAAGAAUGUUAACGAGUUUAAGAAUAUAAAUGAUUUUUAUGAUAAAUAUAUAAACAAUGAUGAUGAGUAUAAAAAGUUUAUAACUAGUGUUGAAAAUGAUUAUAGUAGUUUUAAGGAUUUUAUAAAUAAAAAAAAAGAAUUGUUGAAUAUUAAUUUUGAGUAUAUGUCUAAAUUUUAUGAUGCAUUUAAAUUAUUAUGUAGCAUGCAUACUGGUUUUGGUGGAAAGACGACAGAUUGCACGAGCUAUUUAGAAAAAGCUAAUCAAUUUGUUGAAAAAUAUACAAAUCUUAAUGAAAAUUCUAAUAAUACUGAUGGCAGUUCAUAUAGACAAGUAUUGUGUACUUUAUCAAAUGAUUAUGAUAAUUUCAAAAAGAAAUAUAAUGAUGUUAAUUGUAUGGGUAUUCCAUCACUUCCACCGAUAAAAACAGUACAACCUCAUGUACAAAGAUCUGAUGAUAAUUAUGAACAAAAUUCUGAUGUUACAUCAAGUUCGCCGAUAUUAAACAAAUUAAUUCUAAUUUUAUCGAUAUUAGUUGCAAUAUCAAUUUUGGGGGGAAUUUCUUAUAAGUAUUCGUUAUUUGGAUUUCGGAAAAGAGUUCAAAAACAACACUUAAGAAAAAGAUAA